CCCGCGCCGUCAGGGUGCGGGUCGUCGAUAAGCGGAGCGACGGAACGGGCAGUGCGCCGCCGCCCAGGCUCAGCUUUAGACCUGCAUCUCAGUGAUGUAAGUCUCGCGUCUCUGGACAGAGAGCUGGAAGAGCAGGACGGCGGUGACCCCGGGCCCCCAGGUCGGAGGUCUCCGGGAGGCUCGGCGCCCGUCAGCAUCCCGGGCUGCCUGCCCCGCUCCCCGUCCCUGCACUCCUUGUCAUCACUGUCCACCUCCCCGCUCAGCUCGCUCUCCCAGUCCCUGUCGGGGCCACUCGUCUCCUCAGCCAUGACGCCCCCCCAGCAGCCGCCGCCCCUCACAUCGGAGCCCGGAACGCUGGGCCCUUCGGCCUACAACUCCUUAGGUUUGAACGGCGUCCCCGGGAACAUCUGGGACUUUGUUUCCGGCAGCUUCUCUCCCAGCCCGUCCCCUAUCCUGAACGCCGGCCCCGCGUCCUCUUCAAGCACGAGUCCGAGCAGCGCCGAGCUGGCACGUGUCCGGCGGCAGCUGGACGAGGCCAAGAGGAAGAUCAGGCAGUGGGAGGAGUCCUGGCAGCAGGUGAAGCAGGCCUGCGACGCGUGGCAGCGGGAGGCAAAGGCGGCGAAGGAGCGUGCACUCGCGGCCGACAGCGCCCGGCAGCUGGCGCUGCAGAAGAAGGAGGAGGUGGAGGCCCAGUUCAGGCGGCUGCGGGAGGAGCUGGAGGGCCGGGGCGCGUCCUCCUCACUCCCCGGGCUGCGGAGCUGCGGCGACAUUGGUGCCAUUCCUCUGCCCAAGCUGCAUUCCCUGCAGAGUCAGCUGCGCCUGGAUUUGGAAGCAGUGGAUGGGGUGAUCUUCCAGCUCCGGGCCCAGCAGUGCGUGGUGUGCGGGGAGCGGGCCCGCGGCGCUGUCCUGCGGCCCUGCCAGCACCGCGUGCUCUGUGAGCCGUGUGCAGCCAGCGCACCUGAGUGCCCCUACUGCGAGGGCCAGCCCCUCCCAUGGUGACAGCGCCACGUCUUCGCUCAUUUCCUGGUGCCACCAACGGCGGGGCCCGGGCCCUGAGUAGCCUGCCCAUGGUUUCAUGGUAUUCUCCCAAACCUUAAAGGCAAACCCACAGAACCUUCUGGGGCCCAGCGUCCUGGGCCUGGUCGUCAUGCGGGGUUUGCGGUCCUGACACUACUGUGACCAGAUCCCUGGGAGUUCAGGUCCCCAAACAGCACUUUGUAAACCAAGGAACUUAGAUAGAUGUGAUGAGUUGCUAUAAGCUGCUUUCUAGGUUCAUGUUUUUUUUAAUAUGCGAUAAUAUGAAGCUUUAUAUGUGUACUGUGAACUUAAAAUAUUUCAUAUCAGUUUAUUAAUUCAUAGUAUGGUAAAUAUAUUAGAUUUCAUAUUCUGAAGUUAGUACUUAUGCAAUGAGCAUUUAUCUAGUAGUAAGAAAUGCCUAGGAUUUUUACAGUUUUCAAAUUAAGUGCAAAUAGUAUUUAUAGCAGAAUGAUUAUUGAAAGACACAUAUACAUUUAGAUGUUUUUAAUUUUAGGAAAGGAACUCUUCCUAAACAUGUGCAUGCGCACAUUAACUGGAGUUUUAUAUUCCACCAUUGUAAAGUGACGCUGAAUGCUCAAUCACACGUCACAUGACCCUUGGCCACUUUGUCUAAGUGCCUGUGCCUUGCCGAAGUGAAGGAAACGGUUCAUUGGGUUUUAUUUCCUCCCUUGAAACUCUGUAAGAAUUGGGUCCUAGUGAAAAGUGCAGCAGAGGG